CGUCAGAAACUUAGAAGUUUUCCAAUAGUUUUAUUCCUGCUGAGCGCAGCUCAGUGCGUAUUUCAACAUUUCUCUAAUUUUUUAUGCCUUAAUUCUGGUUUUCUUUUACACAGUAAGCUAUAUCACUGAGUUGUUCGAGCAGUCGGAAGGAGGUAUGUGUAUGGAAAAGACCGUAUCAGGUGGAUGGACGUCCCCAACAGAAGGAUAUGAUACAUCGCCGUAAUCAUUUCAACAACAGUUUGUUGAUAUGCUGUACCCGUAUAACAGAAGAAAACGAGUGACUUGGAACCUGCGAUAAAAAGCGAAGUAACCUAUCCUACACAUAUUAAUGGCAGGAAGAGUAUAUUUUGAAGUUUAGAAAACAAACACUGUCGUUUUCAUUUGGAAUUAACUUUACUACAAAGGAUCGACAUAGGUCUCGUAUAAGAACUGCAUAGAUAAAACUGUGCCGGAUUGCUGAACGAGGUCGCGACGUCGUCUUUGCCGCUACCCGUCAUGGUCCCAUGGUCCGACACUCUGUGAUGUUCUCUAUCGGAUCCAGAAUGACUGCGUGUCCGCAGGUGUUCGCCGUGUGCAUCCUGCUGGUUUGGUCCCUGCAUCCCGUGGACGCUGAGGCACAAGAAGUGGCAGCAUGCUCGGGUACCCAGAAUUCCCUGAGCGUGACGGGGAAUGCAGACGUGCAGUACAAGCUCAUGAAGGACAUGUACAGCGGCUGUGAGAUCGUCAUGGGCAACCUGGAGAUCACCCACAUGGAGCAUAACCGCAACUUCUCCUUCCUGCAGUCCAUCCGGGAGGUGACGGGCUACAUCCUGAUCGCCAUCAACGAGUUCUCCCGGCUGCCGCUGGAGCAGCUGCGCGUGAUCAGGGGCACCACGCUCUACGAGGACCGCUACGCCCUGGUCGUCGUCGUCAACUACCAGAAGGACGGAAAGCACGGGCUCCAGGAGCUGGGCUUCACGCACCUGACAGAAAUCCUGCAAGGGGGCGUUCAGAUUUUGAACAACAGGUUCCUGAGGUACGUUUCCGCGGUGAACUGGGUUGACAUCAUGAGGGACAGCUCCGCCGAGGUCAAGAUCACCCAGAACGGGGAGAGGGGGCAGUGUCACGAGUCCUGCGGAGGGUACUGCUGGGGACCAAGCAAAGAUGACUGUCAGAUCUUGACCAAGACGGUGUGCGCCCCGCAGUGCAACGGCCGCUGCUAUGGCACCAGCCCCAGUGAGUGUUGCCAUAGCGAGUGCGCGGGGGGCUGCACCGGUGCGCAGGACACAGACUGCUUUGCUUGUAGUCGAUUCAAUGACUCAGGGGCUUGCGUCACACAGUGCCCUCAGACCCUCAUCUAUAAAAAGCACACCUUCCAAAUGGAGCCCAACCCCAGUGCCAAGUACCAGUACGGCUCUAUCUGCAUAUCUCAGUGUCCCCCCAACUUUGUGGUGGACGGCAGCUCGUGCGUUAGCGGCUGUCCGUCAGACAAGAAGGAGGUGGACAAGAACGGGGUGAAGCAAUGUGAGCCAUGUGGAGGCCUGUGCCCCAAAGCUUGUGUGGGCACUGGCGCCCCUCACAGACAGACAGUAGACUCCAGAAACAUUGACAGCUUCGUCAACUGCACCAAGAUCCAGGGCAGCCUGCACUUUCUGACCACCGGGAUCUACGGUGAUCCUUAUCACAACAUCUCUGCACUUGACCCAGAGAAACUGAACGUCUUCCGCACUGUCCGAGAGAUCACAGAUAUCCUGAGCAUCCAGUCCUGGCCCAGGGAGCUGACCAACCUGUCUGUGUUCUCCAGCCUGACCACCAUACAGGGCAGAACCCUGUUCAAGGGAGUCAGCUCAAAAAGGGGCUAUUCUCUCCUGGUGAUGAAGCUGCCCUCGCUCACCUCGCUGGGGCUGCGCUCGCUGAAGGAGAUCAGCGACGGCAGCGUCUACAUCGGCGGGAACAAGAGGCUCUGCUACCACCACACCGUCAACUGGACCCAGCUGUUCACAGGGGACCGCACCCAGCGGCGCCAGGACACCCGGGACAUCAAGAAGAACCGGCCCGAGAGCGACUGCAUUGCAGAAGGACACGUUUGUGACCCCCUGUGCUCAGCCUCUGGGUGCUGGGGCCCGGGGCCCGAUCAGUGCCUGUCCUGCAGGAACUACAGCCGAGGGGGAACCUGCGUCGCCCAGUGCAACUUCGUCUCAGGGGAACCACGUGAGUUUUCGGGGCCGGACAGGGAGUGCGUCGCCUGUCACCCGCAGUGUCAGGUCCAGGAGGGGAAGCCCAGCUGCACAGGGCCGGGAGCGGACGAAUGCGUGGCCUGUGCCAUCCUGCAGGACGGCCCCCACUGCGUGCCCUCCUGCCCGGAUGGCGUGAUGGGGGAGAAGGGGCUCAUUUUUAAAUAUCCCAACGCCAAGAGCCGAUGUGAGCCGUGCCAUGUCAACUGCACCCAGGGGUGCUCAGGCCCAGGUAUUAACGACUGCCUGGAAACAUCCCGUGCUGUCAACAGCCCGCAGACGACGGGGAUCGUGCUGGGCGUGCUGGCGGGCGUGGUCGUCUGCUUCGCUGUCUUUGUGCUCAGCAUGCUGUACCACCGAGGCCUGGCCAUCCGCCGCAAGAGAGCCAUGAGGAGGUUCCUGGAGAGAGGGGAGAGCUUUGAACCGCUGGACGCGGGCGAGAAGGGGACGAAAGUCCACGCCCGGAUCCUGAAGGGGGCGGAGCUGCGGAAAAUCAAAGUCCUGGGCUCAGGUGUCUUUGGCACCGUGCACAAGGGCGUGUGGACCCCGGAGGGAGAGGAUCACUCGCUGAAGAUCCCCGUGGCCAUUAAGACCAUCCAGGACCGCACCGGCCGCCAGACCUUCGCCGAGAUCACUGAUCACAUGUUGGCGAUGGGCAGUCUGGACCACGCUUACAUUGUCCGGCUUUUGGGCAUCUGUCCGGGUCAGAGCCUGCAGCUGGUCACUCAGCUGAGCAACCAGGGGUCCUUACUGGACCACAUCAGGCAGCGCAAGGACAGCCUGGACCCUCAGCGCCUGCUCAACUGGUGUGUGCAGAUCGCCAAGGGGAUGUACUACCUGGAGGAGCACCGCAUGGUCCACAGGAACCUGGCCGCUCGAAACGUGCUGCUGAAGAGCGACUACAUCGUCCAGAUUUCCGACUACGGCAUUGCCGAUUUGCUGUACCCCGACGACAAGAAGUACUUCUACAACGAGGUCAAGACCCCAAUAAAGUGGAUGGCCCUCGAGAGCAUUCUGUUUCGCAGAUACACACAUCAGAGUGAUGUUUGGAGUUAUGGAGUGACAGUUUGGGAGAUGAUGUCAUUCGGGGCAGAGCCCUACACAGCCAUGAGACCCCAGGAAGUGCCGGACUUGCUAGAGAAGGGGGAGCGUCUGUCCCAACCGCAGAUCUGCACCAUUGAUGUCUACAUGGUCAUGGUGAAAUGCUGGAUGAUUGACGAGAACGUCCGGCCCACCUUCAAGGAGCUGGCCAGCGAGUUCACCCGGAUGGCGAGGGACCCGCCCCGCUACCUAGUAAUAAAGACCAGGGAGGUGGACAGCAGCCAACCAGAGGCUGCCCUGGAUGAGGCUCAGCGGGGGGAGGAGCUGGCUGAUUUGGAGACGCAGCUAGACGACCAGGACGAGGAGGACCUGACCGACGGCAUGGACUCCGUGGACUCCCUUUACCUGCCUCGAAACCGGAGCCAAAAUCGCCCCCGGCAGGACUCCUACCGGUUCUCUUCCUCUCAGGCUCUGUCAGGCCCGGCCGGGUACCUGCCUAUGACACCUGGCCCAGGAGAGUACUCUAGACAGACGCGGUUCCCCCGCUCCCGGCUGAAUUCGGCACGGACGGCGUCCGAGUGCUCGGAGGGCCGAGGCACAGUCCUGGAGUUUGAGAUGGAGGACUUCUCAUUGGCUGGCAGCAUGCAUAGUAGGCGGUUCAGGGAGGACAGCGCUUACCUCUCCCAGCGAAUCAGUGCCUCCAGCCCCUCUGAGACGCCCUCCCCUCAGACUGAAGGGGAGGAGGACCAGAACGAAUAUGUGCUGCCAGGGGCGGCCGACAGCCUGGAGAAAGGCUCAGUGGAGGAGCAGGACUCUCCCUCUGAGGACUACGAGUACAUGAACAAACAGACGUGUCUGCUGCCCUCUCCCAGGAGGCCCUCUGAGCUGCCCAAAGACAGAGACAGGGCGGAGGGCCACGGGCAGUCCCUCUAUACAGACUGCAGGGCCAUCGUGCCACCCAGAGCGAGUCUCCCGGCUAGGAGGGCGGUGACGUUAGACAGCAACGGCAACAGCCUGUCCUCGACGACGGACGACGAGAGCGGAGAGGACGGGCGCAGGCAGAGCCGGGAGUCCGAGCCCGUGGAGUACGAGUACAUGGACAUCUGCAGCGGCGGGAGCAGGACCGGGAGCGCCGGCUCCAAGAGGGACGUCGAAACCAGGGGAGCGGCUUCGGCGGAGAGGGAGAGGGAGGCGGAGGCGGACGAGGAAGAGGAGGAAGGGGCAAACGAGCAACAAGACAAUGAAGACUAUCACUACGUGAACAAGCAGCCCAGGCUGAGGUCCACGCUGAAAGGCAGGGGGGGGCUAAGGGUGCAGGGACCCGGGGGCAGGGCAGGGGGCGGGGCCGUGGAGGGGGAGGUCUACGAGUACGAGGAGAUGGACUCGCUCGUGGCGCCCCCUGGGGGAGGGGACCGCGGCGAGUACGAGAACUUGGCGGCGUGCGGCGGGGACGGCGGGGCGGCGGCCGCGUCCGAGGGGGCCCGCCGCUCGUCGGCGGGGGGGUACCUGAAACUGCACGCCGGGGCGGGGGAGUCGGGGGACCGCUCCUUCGACAACCCCGACUACUGGCAUAGCAGGCUGUUCCUCAAAGCGGACGCCGUGCGCACGUAGCGCCACGAAACGUUUCGUCCCCCGCCGCAUCUUCCGGACGAGCGGCCCGCCCGGCUCGCCGCUUUUAAAUAUUUUUUAUUGUUUGGUCAGGUAGGCGAACGGAGCGUUCGUAGCUCAGGAAAAGUUUGAGCGCUCCCACUGGAGUCAAUGAAGGACGGUCAAGGAGAAGUUCACCCGGUACGAGGGAACGCGAACGGCGAAGUCCGCCGGAUGACGGCAGCGUGGUCGUCAAAAACCGUUCCUCGGCGUUUGUUUCAUAUUUCCACUAUUUACACGGUUUCAUCCACACAAUGUGUUGGUGUUCUAGUGUGUCUUAAUGAAGUGUACUAUAACAAAGGGGAGGGAGUUUUGGUAGGGCUUGCAAGUAAAAUGCAAAUGUUGUGGCGGUGAAAGCUAAAAUGGCCAGUAGAUAAGCUGAGCUUUCUCACCAGGUAAAGUCUACAUGUUUUGUGUUUUCUCUUUUUCCUAUUCUGUUUUUUUAUGUACCAUGAGUGAAGUUUUUUUAUACGAAAUAAAUUUCUUCAAAUAUUCCGA